AUGGGUAUCUCGGGCUUUACUCUGACUACAGGGUCAUCGUCGGGCUCGAGAACGCCGGGUAAUCAAGGCUGCUCCAAACUAAUCGCAAACAAUGCGCCAGGCUCCGCUUUUGUCACAUCCGAAUCACUCCCCGACUCCGAGACGCUGACUGUGGGCAAGGUUUCCUUCACCACUCUGGACGUCGGCAAUCAGCACGGAAACCGUGCGCUAUGGAUGAAGACCGUCUGCGGGACCUCGGCUAUCAUCUUCAUGGUCGACGCCCGGGAUACUGAGCGGUUCGACGAAGCCGCGGCGGAACUGCACGCCCUCGACGCUGCCAGGGGACUUGAGCGGGUGCCGUUCCCGGUGCUGGGCAAUAAAAUUGACUGUCCAGGUGCAGAGACAGCAUCCCAGGAUAGGCGGCUUUGGGGGUCGCUGGAGUAG